AUGGAUCUGCUACGGUCGGAACCUAUGCAAAUGGUUCAAUUGAUCAUUCCAAUCGAAUCAGCUCAUCGAUCAAUCUCUUACCUCGGCGAUCUCGGCCUCUUCCAAUUCAAAGACCUCAAUGUAGAUAAAAGUCCAUUCCAGCGAACUUAUGCUUCUCAGAUUAAAAGAUGUGGGGAAAUGGCGCGUAGGCUACGGUUGUUUAAGGAACAAAUGACGAAAGCAGGUAUAUCACCCACAACGAGGUCAGCAAGAGAGGAUACCGUUGAUCUGGAAAGUUUGGAGGUUAAACUUGUAGAACUUGAAGCUGACCUCCUUGAGAUUAACGCAAAUAAUGAGAAGUUGAAACACACUUACAAUGAGCUAUCAGAGUAUAAACUUGUUCAAGAAAAGGUUGGUGAUUUUUUCUCUUCAGCAAAAAAUAAUGCGGUAGCUCACCAGAAAAGGCUUGAAGCCCAAAUAACUUUUGAAAGGUCUAUUGACAGCCCAUUAUUAUUGGAACAGGAAGAGACGACAACAAAGCAAAUUAAGCUGGGGUUUAUCAGUGGACUUGUUUCGAGGGAAAAAUCAGUUCCUUUCGAAAGAAUUCUAUUUCGUGCUACUAGGGGAAACGUGUUUCUCAAACAGGCUGUGGUUGAUCAUUCUGUUGUUGAUCUUUCGUCAGGGGAGAAGCAUAGCAGUUUCAGGAAGACUUUCAGAAUUGAAGACAACCAUCGAUGCGGGGUUGCUUCACCGGAGCACUCUAUUGCAGACAGUUGGAUAUCACUACGAGCAGUGGAGCCUUCAGUAGGUUGGUGUCCUGUUUCUGCAACAAGUCAGAUUCAAAAAGCAUUGCAGCAGGCAACUAUGGAGUGUAAUUCUCAAGUUGGGGCGAUAUUUCAGGUUUUAGAGACAAAGGAAUCACCGCCUACCUAUUUUUCCACAAACAAAUUCACUUCUUCUUUUCAAGAAAUUGUAGAUGCCUAUGGGUAA